CAUUUCUAAACCGCCAUUGCAAUUUUUACAGUAACAAGGAAACUAUUGGAUGAAAAACGAAAAAGCUUUACAAUCGAUUAAAGAUUUUUGUGAUAGAUAAAUAAAUACAAAAAUAAACUAAACAAGCAGAGACUGUAAUUUAUAUGUAAAAAUGUCUCAGUUCAAUUUUGUGAGCGACUUACAAAAUGCAUUGAUCAUGGAUGGCGAGACGCGUGGUCCUGCGCCGCGCUGGAAGAAGAAGCUGGAGGCGUCCCUUAAUGGCAGCGUAAAUACCACACGGUCCGUGCUAUCCGUUUCAUACAAUACCAGCUUUUCGGGCGUCCAAGCGCCAACCAAGACACCAGGCAAAAGCGCCGACGCGAAAGCUAAAAAGCCGACGACAACGCCAAGCAAGACGCCUGGCGGCGGGGAUCGCUUUAUACCUAAUCGUGCUGCCACCAACUUUGAGUUGGCACAUUUUCUGGUUAAUAAGGACGCUGGCGACAAAUCCGACGAGGAGAACGACCAACAGCCGACGAGCAGCAACAGCAAUGAAAAUAAUGUGCAGGCAUCUGCUCAUAAGGGCGAACGCCAGAAACUCAUCGCCGAAGUGGCCCAGGUGGGCGAGAGCAGCAAGAGUGGACGCAUUUUGUGCUAUCAAAAUAAGGCACCCGCAGCUCCCGAAUCCCAUACGAAUCCACUCAAAGUUGUCUAUUCCCUGAAAACGCCGAUUUCGACAAAGAGCGGUUCACGCUACAUUCCAACGACAUCGGAGCGCAUACUUGAUGCUCCAGACUUUAUCAAUGACUACUACCUAAAUCUAAUGGACUGGAGCGGUGAUAAUAUUGUGGCCGUUGCUCUGGGCAACUGCGUUUAUCUGUGGAAUGCAGCCAGCGGCAACAUUGAGCAGCUGACCGAGUACGAGGAGGGCGACUAUGCGUGUGCGCUUUCCUGGAUACAGGAGGGACAGAUUUUGGCUAUUGGUAACAGCACCGGCGCCGUGGAGCUCUGGGAUUGCUCGAAGGUGAAGCGUUUGCGCGUGAUGGAUGGGCACAGUGCACGGGUCGGCUCUUUAGCCUGGAAUUCCUAUUUGGUGUCGUCGGGCAGCCGCGAUGGCACCAUUAUACACCAUGAUGUGCGCUCCCGCGAACACAAGGUGUCCUCGCUAAACGGCCACGCCCAGGAGGUGUGCGGCCUCAAGUGGUCCACCGACUUCAAGUACUUGGCCAGCGGCGGCAACGAUAAUCUCGUAAAUGUUUGGUCGCUGGCCGGCAACGGUGUGGGCACCGCCACAGAGCCAUUGCACAAGUUCAAUGAGCAUCAGGCGGCAGUGCGUGCCCUGGCCUGGUGUCCCUGGCAGCCCAACACCUUGGCGUCGGGCGGUGGCACUGCGGAUCGCUGUAUCAAGUUCUGGAAUGUGUGCAAUGGCUCGCUCAUCAAAUCGGUAGACUCGAAAUCGCAGGUGUGCGCGUUGCUCUUCUCGCGGCAUUACAAGGAGCUGAUAUCGGCGCACGGCUUUGCCAACAAUCAGCUGACCAUCUGGAAGUAUCCGUCGAUGAUCAAACAGGCCGAUCUAACCGGACACACAUCGCGCGUGCUGCAAAUGGCCAUGUCACCCGAUGGCAGCACUGUGAUAAGCGCUGGCGCCGACGAAACGUUGCGUCUGUGGAACUGCUUUGCACCCGAUCCCAUGGCGGCCAAAAAGGUGUCCAAUGUCAAUAGCAAUGCCAAGAAAAGCGUCUUUCGCCAGAGCAUACGCUAGUUGAUCGAUCCAUUGACCCAUUGACUGGCAGAAACUGAACUGCAUUUUGUUUAAACUAGCGACAAAUUCAUUAUUUUAUGAUAAGAUUCUUGUAGGCAGCCAAUUGAUGUUUUUUUUUUAUAAGUAUGUGACUUUCAAUAUUUGAUAUGUGUAUUUUCUAUA